AUGAAAGAUGACGGGGCACUAAUAUUCCUAUCUUUAUUAUGUGCAACCGUUCGUAAUACCGCUUAUCCUUCAUCAAAACUUCAUGCUUUGGACAUGUUACUUGCAAUUGGUCAGCAUUUGGAAGAUGAAUUUAAAUUGGAUCGUUUAGUUCCUUAUUUAAUAGCAUUAUUAGAUGAUGAAGUUGGUUUGGUUAGAGCAAGUACUGUGAAAACUUUGGCAAACCUGCUCUCAUUGGUAGAAACUAUAACUCCAUUUAAUGCUACCAUCUUUCCUGAGUAUAUAAUGCCUAAAUUACGCAAAUUUGCUACUGACCCAGAAAUCCUUGUAAGAAUGACUUAUGCUCAAUGUAUUACUACAUUUGCCGAGACAGCUUUACGAUUCCUUGAAUUGGCUCAACUUUUUAAACAAGAAAACUCUUUACAUUCCACAGAUAAUGACGCAGAGAUAGAAGGAUCAUAUGAGGCGUCACAUGAUUCGACCCUACAUGAACUUCAAUCAAUUAUACAAGAACAAGUAACGACACUUUUGAUCGAUAGUGAAAGUGCAGUAAAACGUGCUUUACUUUCAAAUAUUACUAGUCUUUGUAUUUUCUUUGGACGACAAAAAGCAAAUGAUGUAUUGUUAAGUCAUAUGAUAACUUAUUUGAAUGAUCGAGAUUGGAUGUUAAGGAGCAUAAUUGGCGUUGGUACUUUUGUUGGGGGUCUAAGUUUGGAAGAAUAUAUAUUGCCUUUAAUGAUUCAGUCACUUUCCGAUUCUGAAGAAUUUGUCGUAGAAAAAGUUCUUAAUUCUUUAACAAGUCUGGCUGAAUUAGGAUUAUUCCAGAAAUUGAGAUUAUGGGAAUUGAUUGCAAUUGUAGCUUCAUUAAUGUGUCAUCCUGGAAUAUGGAUACGUUAUGGUGCUAUCGCAUUCAUUGCUUCUGCUGCGAAACUUUUACCAACAACUGAUGUAUGGUGUAUUAUUUACCCUAUAAUAAGACCAUUUUUACAAGCUGAUAUUGCUGAAAUCACCGAGAUUCAUCUAUUAGAGAAUGUUAAAGAUCCGAUUCCAAGAGUUGUAUAUGAUGCGGCCGUCAGUUGGGCAGGAAAAUCUAAUAAAACAUUAUUUUGGAAACCAGCUAAAGAACGUAAAGCAAAUAAAACUGCUUCAGCCACAGUAUCCGGUAAUGCUAGUAUAACUAAUUUAUUAUCACGAAGAACUUCGACGUUAGCCGUAAAUGCUGAUAAAAUUGUUAAGUCGGAAGAAGAUGAACAACAUUUGGAAAAAAUUAGAAAACUUGGGAUGUCUCGUGAGGAUGAGGAAAAAAUUGCUGCAAUGAGAGAUUAUGUUUACAAGUUAUCGAUUUCAAGACUUAAUACUCGCGCAAAAACUGAUGAAAAUCUCAAAUUAGAGGAUGGAAAUAUGACGUUGAAAAAUUUGGGAAUAACUCCCCACAAUGUAUUUGUAAUACCUACGAACGCCGAAGGAAAUGCAAUUGGUACUAAUUACAUUCUUCCAAAAACGAAUGUCGUCUGGACACCAAGUGCAAAAGGUAGCAAAGUUUCAUUAUCUGAGCCUUCAUCAGCAUCUCGUGUUUCUAGUGAAAGCAAUUUACAAAAUCUUCGAGCAGAAGAUCAAGCUCGUUUAAUAUCUACUAGUUUAAGAGAAGCUCGAAUUAAUUUAUCAGCCAUAGCUCCACCUUUUCGAGAAAGACAUAUGUCAUUAGUUGGUAGAUCAGCGGAUAGUCCUAAAGCAGCACCCGCUACUAGUACAAAUAUAACAACAGUUGUAGGUACUAUGGAAAUACCUCUUCCUGCUGUUUCUUCUGCUCGAACACUUGAAACAAACACAAAUGGUAAAACAAUUAUUAAUAAUGAAUCUGAAAUAUCAAGAAGAAAUCUUAGUGCAUUCGUAUCUAAUACAUAUGAGGGUAACGAUCGCAAUAUUAAAAACUUGUUGGAUAAUUUAUAUCUUGAGGCAUUCCCCGAACCAAUGCCAGUUGCAAAAGCUGUGGUUCCACGUCCAGGACGUAACGCAAAAGGAGCGAACACGAUUAAAACUAUUUCUAAUUGGAGACCUGAAGGUACAUUGGUUGCACAUUUGACAGAGCACAAAGCAGCUGUCAAUCAAAUUUGUGUUUCUCCAGAUCAUAAUUUCUUUGCAACUUGUUCGGAUGAUGGAACAAUUAAAAUAUGGGAUUGUUCAAGAUUUGUAAAGAAUUUCAAUUGUCGAUCAAGAAUAACUUAUAGUCAACAAGAGGGAAAAAUUAAAUGCAUGACAUUUAUUGAUAGUACGCAUAGUAUUGCAACCGCAUCAGAUAAUGGAAGUAUUCAUGUAUUCAGAAUUGAUUAUUCAGCUGGAGUUAAUUCACCAAAAUAUGGUAAACCUGUAAUAGUACGAGAGACAUAUUUAGAUAAUGAAUAUGCAGUAGUAAUGGAGCAUUACGAUACUGGUAAUAUAUGUGGAUUAGAUUUACGAUCGAUGCAAGUGGUAUGGAAAUUUACCAAUCCAAGAAGUCACGGAGUAAUAACAGCCAUGGUAACGGAUAAAAAAUAUAGAUGGUUACUUAUUGGUACAUCUCGGGGGAUCCUCACACUUUGGGAUCUUCGAUUUGGAAUUCAAAUAAGAUCCUGGGUUCAUCAUACAAAAAGUCGAAUUAUUAAACUUUUAUUACAUCCACAAGCUGGAUCUAGUAAGCAAAAAUGGUGGGUAAUUGUUGCAGCAGGAAAGAAUGAAGUAUCAAUUUGGGAUAUAGAAAAAAUUGAAUGUAAAGAAGUUUAUACUAUAAAAAAUGGGGAUGAAAAAUUUGGAGGAAUUUCUACGGAUACUUUUAAGGUAAAUAAUUGUGAAAUACUAAGGAGUACAUUUACAGCUCAUGAAAGUAGUUUCUCGUCAGAUAAUUCAAUUCGUGCAGUUCUUUAUUCACCUGAAUGUAAUUAUAUGAUUACCGGUGGAUCUGAUCGUAAUAUUAGAUUUUGGGAUAAUAAUCAUAUAGAAGAUUCUUAUAUAAUUGUUGAUUCUGAUAUGGAAGAAAAUAAACCUGUGUAUAGUACGACACAAUUUGAUGGGGUAAAUAUUCAUUGUGAAUCACGCCCUUCAUAUCGUAAUUGUAUAACAGAUUUAAAGAUUACAGAAAUACCUAAUCCAAUGUUAAUUAGUGCAGAUAGAGAUGGGGUUGUUAAAAUCUUCUUGUAA